AUGUCUACCAAAUCCAUCCUCGCUGCUGCCGUCGCGGGUUUCACCGCUGCCUCUUUUCUCGACACCCAGCAAGGCCCGUCACCCUACGCCCUCAUACAAGUCUUCGUACGUUCCACACCUCACCAUACCCACAUUCACAGAAUCAGCAGCACGGAGAAAAACCCAGGGUUGCUAGCCGGCACUCUCCCAUACGCCAAAACGGCCCAGAUGAUAGACCAAGGCGGCUGCACGACCCAAAAUGCGGGCGACGAAGCUUGCAGGUUCACCCCAGGCGCCAAUAACGUCUGCUCGCCCUUCAGCGAGAUCAGUAUACCCUUAGCUGUCAAGAGCGGAGAGAUCGUUGGUUCUACAAGGCCCGGGGUUGUUUGUGAAGGUGAACAGUAA